AUGGAAAAUCCUGGAGCCGGUACUCCAGUAAAAAUAUGCCCAUAUGGUGAAGAAUUCGGAAUAACCACUCCAUCUGGGGGUUUGAUUUUUAAUCCAUUCCAUAAAGAAUUUCUUAGUCGUGUUGAACAAGUGAACUUCAGCCCAGGAAUAUUUGCCUACAAUCCCAGUCCGAUUAGCAAAAGUGGUUCAAGGAAAACAACUCCCAAUAGAAUCAAGACACCUUUUAUCUUAUCUCCUGACAUUCAGGGAGAAUUGUUCCCUGCUGAUAUAGACGAAAAUCCAAUACUACAAUUGAAACUUCAAGAGAAACUGGAUACUCAGUGUGAUGAUGAGAUUCAGAAUAGAAUUCAUAGCUUUUUUAAAAAUCAUCUUAUUGCACCCAGCCCUGACACAGUUGUAUUUGACUCACCAACCAAAUUCCACUCCAGUUGUCUCCCAAGGACUUCAUCUCUUCUACCUACAGCUACUCCUUUAGGUAAAAAGAAAAAGAAUUCCUAUCUUCUAGGAAAUACUUCAAGUUGUAUGUGCGAAGUUGCAGUACAAACAUCAAUCUCUAUGCCUCCAUCAUUUGACUUUGAGUCAGUUAUGCAAAUUGCUUUUGAACAGAAUCAUUCAAUGAAAAAUCUAUCCGUUGCAAAAUCUUCAGUUAUGUUGUCAAUAACAUCAAAUGAAAUGGUCAUCAAUGAUGAUAAAUCAAAUUCACAACAAAAAUCGGAUCCAUUCACAAAUAGUAUAUCAUUAUCAGCUUGUGCAGUUGAUCGUCCUAUUCCUUGCAAUUCAAAUAGUAACUCUUUGUCAAUACUUCAUAAAAAUUCUCGUCAUUUACUUAGUCGACGUAGUCUCUUCUCUGAUUCAUCCGAAAUAAAUGAAGAACCUAGUUACACUGUCGUAGAUGACAAUGAAUUGAAUGAACAACAACGUACAUUAACUUCAUCUGACGAUUUAAGUCGUCAUAAUCAUCAUGAUAAUUUAAACUUUUCAUCUGUUAUUGCACAACCAGCAUGUUCAAGCUAUCUGUCAUCAACAAAAAUGGAUUACGGAUCUUCACAUACAAAAUUCGGUAUUGAUAAAUUUUCUCCUAAAAAUGAAUCAAGUUCUUUAUUGAUUAAAGAAACUGCUGCGUUACAAAUGUGUUUGCCUGCAAGUUGGGCUGAUACUGUUGGCAAUAGUGAUAGUUCCGAUGAUGAUAAUUAUUAUAAUGAUGAUAGUAAUAAUGAUAUUAAGAAUAAUGAUGAUAAUUUAACAGAUCAAGAUAAUUCAGUCAGUAUGCAUACGUUGAAUCGAACUACAGUUGAACAAAUUUCUAAAAAUAUUGAUAAUAAUGAUAAUGUUAUAUAUUUCGAUGAUACUAGUACAAAUGUUGGUUAUUACAAACAUAUUGAUUAUUGUUCAUCUCAAAUGAAUUCACCACAAUAUCAACAACAAUUUCGUUGUGGUAGUACUAGUCCAAAUGUUUGUUACACCGAUAUAUCAUUUCAAAGUCCUGAUUUAUCACCAAUCUUACCUAUACACCGUAAGAAUAGUUGUACAAAUUGUCCACCAUUUACUGAUGAAGUUAAAGAUAUUUCUCUUGUUCAAACUAACAUGCAUAUGAAUGAGAUUAGUAGUAAUCAUAGAAUUAUGCCAGCGAAAUGUUUAUUUCCGCCUAAUUUGAAUGGAUCAAGUUGA